AUCUUAUCUUUUUUUUUAUCAACCAACGUGAACGGUGAAAAGAAAAAUUUGUUUUCAAAAAUCGAAGAUCAGUGGUGUUUUAGGUACCCAAUAACUGAAAAAUUGUGUGUUUGUAAAAUGGUAGCUAAAUAUUUUAGAGGAAAAAAAGUUGUUAAAGAAAUAUUGAACCAUGGAAAGCUCAGAACAAAUAUUCCGGCCGGUAUGGCUUCGGCGAGUCCACCUCUAGGGCCUAUGUUAGGACAGCGAAACAUUAACAUAGCGCAGUUCUGUAAAGAGUUCAAUGAAAGAACCAAAGAUAUCAGAGAAGGCAUACCUCUUCCUACAAGAUGUACUGUAAACGCUGAUCGUUCAUUUCUUAUAACUAUUAACCAGCCUCCUACCGUUUACUUUUUAAAACAAGCCGCCGGAAUAAAUAGAGCAGCUAUGAAACCGGGACGCGAAAUUGCCGGUAAAAUUACCCAUAGACAUUUAUACGAAAUAGCCAAAAUUAAAUCGCAAGAUGAAGCUUUCGAUUGUGUACCAUUGCAAGAAAUCGUUCAAAGGUUUGUCGGCAUCGCACGGUCUUGUGGAAUUGAAAUUGUCCGCCAUCUAGAUCCUGAAGAGUACGGAGAAUUUUUAAAAGAACGAACGAAGAUUAUUGCUGAACAACGUAAAGAAUUGGAUGAACUCAAGGCUGCAAAGGUCCUCAGAACAGCAGCCUAGUUUCAUUUUUUCGCUUAGUUAUUAAUAUUUUUGUGAGAUAUUAGCGAGUAAUUUGUAUAUUUUCGAAUCCAAUUAUAUAUUUUCAAUGUUGUAUGUAA